AUGAAUGCUGACGGAGUUUUCUCUCUUCCAAACGCUGACUUCAGUACCAAGGUCCCCAUGGAGCACCUGGACUAUGAUUUCAUUGCAAAAUGCAAAGAUGUAAAAUAUCUGGAAAAGAUAUUACGAAUUUUAAGGUCUGGUGAAGAGGGAAUAUAUCCCCAUCUGAUCAAGUUCUGUGAAAGCCACCUGGAGAAGCUGAGCCCUAAGAGUCGAGCUCUCAGGCAGGGAGUUCCUGUUGCCACAGAGGCCAGCUUCUCUAAAGAUGAGUGGAACCAAAUCAUUGAUGACUUAAGGACAUGGGAGGAGGAGACCAAAAACGCUGAAACGCUGCUUAAACAGGAGUCUGUGUUUGAUGACCUGGACAGAGCAAAAAUACCUCCAGUAAGAAGUUCUAGGUGCUUUGCUCCGGUUAAAGAGAAAUCAUUUCCAAAACAAAGAACAAAUCCUCCAAAGCGUUUUCUUCCUCGGGAUUAUCAGGAAUGGGACAAGUUCAACGUUGAGGAGGAAUGCAACAAGAUAGAUGGAGAUAUGCAGAAAAAUGACCCACCUGCCAUUCUAAACACAGGACAUCCGAACAUCCAGAGAGAAGUGGAUUCCUCAUGUCUGUCACAGCAGGAGAAGCUCCUUCUGGCAAAUCGGGAGAAGGAUAAAGGCAAUGAAGCUUUCAGAGCAAAAGAUUACGAAGAGGCGGUGGCUUACUACUCCAGGAGCCUUUCCAUCAUUCCCACUCUGAGUGCAUAUAACAACAGAGCCCAGGCAGAGAUUUACCUGGAGCACUGGAACGAUGCCAUGAGAGACUGUCAGCAGGUGCUGGAGCUGGAACCAGGGAAUAAAAAAGCCCUUCUGCGGCGUGCUACUGUUUACAAUAAUAUUGGCAACUUUGAAAUGGCCUCUAAAGACCUGAGGAAGGUGCUUCAGGAAGAGCCGAACAAUGCUGCGGCAACUCAACUUCUGUCCAAAAUUGAGCAGAAGAUGUCAGACUGUCAACCAAGCCAGCGAAGCAAAGGGAAGAAAAUCCUAAUUGAAGAGGUAGAGGAAGACCUGAGCUUUGCAGAAAAAGAACAGAAGGAGCAGAAAGCCUGUCCGGUUCAACCCAGCCAGCCUGUGGGAGGGGAGGAGAGCUCAGCUGCUCCUGCUGAAAGGGGAGACAUGGGAAACGCUCAAAAAAAGCCCCACAGCAGAGGGGACGGGGGUCCACACAGCGAGUCCAGCAACUCGCACCACGGGCACUGGAAGGGCAAAGGGGCGACCUCUGAUAAGUACAAAGUCCCAGAGGAAUCAAAGGAGAAGGUGGCCAAUGGAUCAAGCAAGAGGGGCUCGACAGCUUCGGCGCAAGGUGAUAAGAAGAGCAGCAGCAGUAAGGCGGCUACAGGUGGGAAAAAGGCAGAGGAAACUGUCAAUCUGGACGCCCCGUGCGGAGCCCUGCCACCACACCUCUCCCGGCUAAAGAACGAAGGAAACCUGCUGUUUAAAAAUGGACAGUUUGCCGACGCAUUAGAGAAAUACUCACAAGCCAUUCAGGGCUACGCCGAUUCAGGUAUCGACAGUCCUCAGGAUCUGUGCAUUCUGUAUUCGAACAGAGCAGCGUGCUACCUGAAAGAUGGCAACAGCCAAGACUGCAUACAGGACUGCACGAGAGCCCUGGAGCUGCAGCCAUUCUCCCUCAAGCCCCUCCUGCGGCGGGCCAUGGCUUAUGAGUCGCUGGAGCGGUACAGAAAGGCCUACGUGGAUUACAAGACCGUCCUGCAGAUAGACAUCAGCGUGCAGGCGGCACACGACAGCGUCAACAGAAUCACCCGAGUGCUGAUCGAGCAGGACGGCUCAGAGUGGAGAGAAAAACUUCCAGACAUCCCCCUGGUGCCUCUAUCAGCUCAGCAGCAUCGGAGAGAAGAGCCCCCCAGCGAAGAGGUCCUGCAGGCUCGAGCACAAAAAGCCAGCGAGGAUGCAGAGAGGAGAGCAGAGAUCCGCUUUUCAGCUCUGAAGCAAGAAGGGAACGAAUUUGUGAAGAAGGGCCAGUACCAGGAGGCUCUGGGGAAGUACACAGAAUGCCUUAAACUAAAGCCAAAGGAGUGUGCGAUCUACACCAACAGAGCUCUGUGCUACCUAAAGCUGGAGAGGUUCACGGAGGCCAAGCAGGACUGUGACGCCGCAUUGGGACUGGAGCGAGACAACAAGAAGGCCUUCUACAGACGAGCCCUGGCUAAUAAAGGCCUCAAGGACUACCUGGCCUGCAGCUCUGAUCUCCAGGAGGUGUUACGGCUGGACCCCAACGUGCAGGAGGCUGAGAAGGAGCUGGAGGAGGUCACGGUUCUGCUCAGACAGAGUCUGGCCAACAGCGUGAACGACAAACCCAGGAAGGCUGUCCCCAUCACAGAGGUAGACGGUGACGAGGAGACGCCCGACGUUCCAAACAGAAGGGAUGACCUCAGCAUCAACCUCACACCCGGCAGCUCCUACGAGUUCGGCCAGUCCCUGAACGCAGCACGCUGCAGUGGGAACACGGCCGCCUGCGCAGAGCUGCUGGCGUCCAUAGAACCAGAACUGCUCCCUCGGUAUCUUAGCAACCAGCUGGACGGACAUACGAUCGGCUUCAUCAUGAAGGCACUUGACUCGCAUUUACUGGGAAAAAACCCUAACUUGGUUUACCGGCAUCUGGAGCGCCUGCACACCGCUGACCGGUUCCAGGUCGUUUUCAUGCAGCUGGAGGACCACGAGCGUCGCUCCGUGACUCAGCUCUUUGAGCGUCUUUCAGCUGUGGAGAGCUCAGAGUUCACCCAGGGUGACGUUCACAAUCUGGCCAACAAAUACGUCUGACCCCCCCUUCACCCUCUGCUGCAUCUCCAAUCCUGGCUCUAAGCAUCAUCAGGCUCAGAACAGCCUCCAUGUUUCCACAGAAGCACCAAGGAACUGAUUCUGAGUGAAAGCUGAGGGUGUCUGUUGUUUUUUGCUAUGCAGAUUUUAUGUACCAGCACCGAUUUGACUUUAAGUGUUCAUCUGGAUCGUUUUUUACUUUGCAAAUUAUCAAACACGGUCCAAAGUGCAGCGUGGGAUCGGCCGAAAGCAGGCCAGCGUUUUCUCCCACUGCUCUGGGAUUACAUAAGAGGAGCUCCUGUUCCCAGAACUGAUUUCUGUUUAUUUGGUCCGGGAAGCUCUUCAAAUCAGUCAUGUAACACAUGUGGCUGUUGUAAAUCAGCCAUGUUUAGAGGUCGUCAGUGCCCAUGCUGCUUAAGGAAACUACAACCUUUUGUCACUGAACUAUUGAAGAUAACCUAAAAGACCAAAAAAGAUGUUUAAAUAUAUAUCCAUUUCUGUCUGUAACAGACCAAAAGAUCAUUAAAAAAAACACAUUGCUUCAUUCUGCUUAAACAUCUAUGCAAUAAGAAGUUAAAUGAAGAAUUCCUGCUUCAAGGGAGACGUGUCCUUAAAGUUCAGCCUGGGGGGGUCAAGACGAUCCACCGGGUAAAUGUUCUGCACACUCCUCUUUAUCGAAGCUCCAAAGUUUGUCCAAAUGCAUCAUAUUAAUUCCAGUAAUUUAAUUCUUCACUUGAGUCAAAUUUUAAACAACCUUUGCAUCCAAGAUUUUACAUGUUUUACUGACAACAUUCAA